AUGCCAGCCGCGUACCCAACCUACGUAAUUGAGCACGUCGAAGAAGAAGAGCCAGAAGGCUACAAGAUACCGGAAUGGAGUUUAAGAGAGUAUCGCAAUAUGGCAGCGUCUACGCAUGCGGGUGAGAAUGCCCGUGUGAUAUACACGAACCUAUCGUCGACAUCCUACGACAGUCUCAACCAGGCACUGGCGCCAUCCCAAGGCAAAGCGGCAACCACGGAGUGCUACAAGGAGGGCAUUAUGGAUAUAAUCACGCGCGAGGGCAUCCCUCAUGAGAAAGUCUGUCUUCUCGACCCUAAAGCUGAGCAGCCCAUCCAACCACAGGAUUUGGAAACCUUCUCCCAUUUCCUCUUCGGUGGUAUUCUCGGUGACGAUCCUCCACGCGAUCGUACCAAGGAACUUCGCAAAUUUGGUUUCCCGGGUAGACACCUUGGUCCUCGCCAGAUGUCCACCGAUACAGCUCUAGGUACUACCAAGCGCGUCGUUGUGGAUAAUAUUCCUAUGGAGAAGAUGGAUUUCGUUGACGACCCUACUAUCGUCUUUACCCCGCAGGAGUCAGUCGAUAUGCCCUACAGGUAUCUCAACGAUGGUACAGGGAAACCCCUGAUGGCACCAGGGAUGCUCGAUCAUAUUCGCAAGGAUCUCGACAAGGGUUUGGAUUUCUAG